UUUUUACUUGGAUGUUCGUCCAGCCUUAACUUUGGAUGGAGCUAUUGAUAGAUUCCGAAGAUGGAUAUAUUUAUUUAUGGAACGAAAUAAUCAAUCUGGAGGAAAAUCUGCAACAACAUUUAAUGCGGAAUAUACAACGCAUCAUCUAUUAAAUGCACAUCACCCGGUACCAGCCGUUCCUUUUGAUAAUCCAGAAAAUUACAACCAUCAAGCUCGUCGUCAUGCUGAGAGACUUGAUAACGCUGUAUGGACUAAUCAGUUUGAUAAUACUGCAAAUCGACGUGCACACUUUGAAACCACCGGGCCUGAAAUUUGGGAACAAACCAAUGGUCAAAUUGAUGGCUUCACUUGUUCCACUGGCACUGGUGGAACCCUUGCUGGUGUGACUCGCUUUUUAAAAGAGAAAAAUCCUCAAGUUAAAGUAUUUAUUGCUGAUCCACCAGGUUCU